CAAAAUAAUAUACAUAACGAGUUUUUCGAAAAACAAGUAUUUUAUCGUACCUAUAAUUUGAAACCGUGAUGAGGCAACUUUGCUAAUUUAAGCCAAAAUUAUCUUUCGAUUACUUAAAUAUUACGUAUUCGAUCAUUGGUCAGUCUAUCAGUUGUAAUUUCGAAAAACUUGGUGUAAUCACACUGGAGCUCUGCUCAUUUUAACAGUAAAUAGAACAGACUAUUCCAUAUUACUAAAAAUAUCAGUGAUUUUUUGUCUUACUUUUUGUCAAAUAACCUGCAAGUAUGGCCCAAGCAGUGCUAGAAAGUUUUGUUCAACAGCCAAUUUUCCGCACAUAUUUGUUUUAUGUAGCUGUUUUAGGUAUAAAAAUGCUGCUCAUGUCUGUUCUAACAGCCAUACAAAGGUUCAAAAAUAAGGCAUUUGCAAACCCUGAAGAUGCCGAGCCUAGAAAGCUGAAAGUCAAGGUUAAUGAAGAUGUUGAGCGGGUGAGGAGGGCUCAUUUGAAUGACCUUGAAAACAUCCCAGUUUUCAUCAUAGUUUGCCUGGUGUAUCUUACAACAAACCCUUCAGCAAUUGUAGCAUCUGCCUUGAUUAGGGUUUUUACUGCUGCAAGAAUCCUUCACACACUAGUUUAUGCUGUUGUGGUAAUCCCUCAACCUGCUAGGGCCUUAGCCUGGAUUGCGGGAUACGUUAUAACUAUUUACAUGAGUAUUACAUCCAUUUUGCAUUAUUUGGCUUAGUGGAGUCAUAUUAUUUCUUUAAAUUUACUUUAAGUGUUAAAAAUGUUAUAAAUGAUAUGUAAUACUUUAUAAGUUGAUUGUGAACAUAAUUUUAAAUUUUUUUACUUUUUUCUAUAAAUUUUAUGGUUAUAAACUGCCGCUAUGAGUUAUUAAUCCCUAUAGUAUGGUCUAAGAGGAAUUUGGAUUAAAUACUUGAUAAAAUUGCUAAAAAGAAGUUAAUGUUAAUAUAGAAAUAGGUUCCUAGUUGUUAAUAUAAAAAUAUUUGGUAUUUAAAAUUUUUAAUAGAUUAAAUGCGAACUAUUUUUACUAUUGUUGAUACCGACUUGUAGGCUUGGUUUUGUGUAGAAUAAAUAUUUUAAAUUA